CUCUAUACCAAAAUGCAUAAAACCGAGCACCACCACCCUCUUAUUUCCCACUAAAAAUUUCCCCAAACUCACUAAACCCGAACUCAACCUCAACCCGACCCACCGAAAAAUGCGGGCCUCUCUCGCUGCGAUCUUCGCCCUCCUACUCCUCCCCUCUCUCCUCUUUUCCGCCACCUCCGCCGCCGCCACCUUCCUUUCUCUCCACCGAGCCCUCCCUCUUACUCACCACCGAGUCCAGCUCGACCGCCUCCGCGCACGUGACCGCGCCCGCCACGGCCGCCUCCUCCAGAACGUCGUCGUCGGCGGCGUCGUCGACUUCUCUGUCGCCGGCUCCUCCGAUCCCUACCUCGUCGGGCUUUAUUUUACAAAAGUAAAAUUGGGUUCUCCACCGAAAGAAUACAAUGUGCAGAUCGAUACGGGAAGCGAUAUUUUGUGGAUUACAUGCAAUUCCUGCAGUGAUUGCCCCCAGACAAGUGGACUUGGGAUUCAGCUCAAUUUAUAUGAUUCUGGAAGCUCUGCAACUGCAGGGUUCAUCUCCUGUUCGGACCCGAUAUGCAGUUCUGCAGUUCAAACUUCAGCAACAGAGUGCUCGGAGAGUAACCAGUGCAGUUACACUUUUCAAUACGGCGAUGGAAGUGGGACGUCUGGACACUAUGUAACAGAUGCACUAUAUUUUGAUAUGAUCCUGGGGCAGUCUUUUAUGGCCAACUCUUCGGCAGCCAUCGUUUUCGGGUGUAGCACAUUUCAGUCUGGGGAUUUGGCCAAGACAGAUAAAGCGGUGGAUGGGAUCUUUGGGUUCGGCCAAGGUGCAUUGUCUGUUAUAUCCCAGUUGUCCUAUCGAGGAAUAACUCCCAGAGUAUUUUCCCAUUGUUUGAAGGGAGAUGGAAAUGGUGGGGGUAUACUUGUUCUUGGUGAGAUUUUGGAGCCGAAUAUUGUUUAUAGUCCCCUCGUUCCAUCACAGCCUCAUUAUAAUUUGAAUCUUCAGAGCAUUGCUGUCAAUGGGCAAAUCUUACCAAUUGAUCCAAUAGCCUUCACAACAUCCAACAGCCGGGGAACUAUUGUUGACUCUGGCACGACUUUGACAUACCUUGUGGCGGAAGCUUAUGAUCCUUUUGUCAGCGCUAUAACAUCGAUCGUUUCCCAGUCUACGACUCCCACCAUUUCAAAAGGAAACCAGUGUUAUAUAGUCUCCAACAGUUUGGCUGAGGUGUUUCCUCCAAUUAGUCUGAACUUUGCAGCUGGUGCAUCAAUGGUGUUGAAACCAGAAGAGUACCUCAUACAUGUGGGUUUUGUUGGAGGAGCUGCUAUGUGGUGCAUUGGCUUUCAGAAGGUUCAGGGAGGAGUAACGAUUUUAGGAGAUCUUGUUCUAAAAGAUAAGAUAGUUGUGUAUGAUUUAGCUCGCCAACGGCUUGGAUGGGCCAACUACGAUUGCUCAUUAUCCGUGAAUGUUUCAGUAAUUACUAGCAAAGACGAAUUUAUCAAUGCAGGACAGCUCAGUCAGAGCAAUUCACCAGGAGACAUGCUUGUCAAGCUGCUAACAACGGCGAUCACGGUUCUCUUACUGCAGAUAUUGGUCUUAUGGUCAGCACUAGGGUUGAGGUGCGGUGUAUAUCAUUCUGAUUCGCUUCUUAUUAGUGCGGACGGGUGGGCAUCAUCAUUUCUUGACUUGGAAGUUUCACUCUGUUGCCAUAUGUGGAUCUCUGUCUUCAUCAGAUUGUGGCCGGUAGAAGCAGAGCAAGCCAAUUGUAGCUAUUGCAGGUUUUAGGUAGGGAUAUAGAAUUUCUGUUAGGGGGUGUCAGUUUAUUGAUUCGGAAUCAGUUUUGUCUACUAGUUUUACUUUGACGAUUCCUAAGUUCAGUUUGUAAGGAAUGUCAGAAUGUACAGGGUUGGAAUGAACAGAUUGUUUGUACUUUGUAAUCAUGGACAUUACGAUCAUAGUUUUCUGUCUGUUCAAAUACAGAGAAAUCAGAACAUUUGUGUA